CUGGACAUAUGAGAACUACCAGACAUUCAUUGUUUCUGAGUCCAGCAGUGGAGACUACAUGUGUAGGGGUAGACUCAGAGAUGACUCCUAUUCUUCAACUGAGUGGAGUAAAGCCGUCACUUUGUCAGUAUCAGAUAAACCCAAAGCUGUCCUCACUGUGUCUCCAUCAUGGCUGAGUCCUGGAGCUUCAGUAACUCUGAGCUGUGAGUUUAAACAUCCGUCUGCAGGAUGGAGGUUCUACUGGUAUCAGGCUGUUCCUGAUCUAUCAGGAACCUCCUACAGUUAUGAGCUGCUGCCUGGUAGCAUCAACGGGACUGAACAAGAUUCCUUCAUUAUUCAUGGACAGACACAGACAGCAGGAUUUACAUGUAGAGCUGGAAGAGGAGACCCAGAGUAUUCCACUGAUUACAGUGAACCUAAGUUUGUCUGGUCUGGAGAUCUUCAUUCAGCAGCGUCUCUUACAGUGAAUCCUGACACAGUGCAGCACUUUGUCUCUAAAUCUGUUUCACUGAGCUGUGAGGGAAACUCCACUAAAUGGAGAGUGAGGGGCUUUACUGAUGAUGGCUUCCUGCUCCACUGUUCUGUCUGGGGAACAAUGAGUGGAUCAACAUGUAAUGUUAAUAGGAUUCAUUACGGUACUGUAGUGUACUGGUGUGAGUCUGGAUCAGCAUUCAGCAACGCAGUCAACAUCACUGGACAGUAUGAUGAUGGUGUUAUCCUGGUGAGCCCUGUCCAUCCUGUGACUGAGGGAGAUUCUGUUACUCUUGGCUGCAGGUUGAAGACACAAAAUGUUCUUUCUAAUGUGUUUUUUUAUAAAGACGACAAACUCAUCCAAAGUGAUUCCAGAGGAGAGAUGAACAUCUCUGCAGUGUCAAAGUCAGAUGAAGGUUUCUACAAAUGUCAAUACUCAGGAAAAGAAUCAGCUCAGAGUUGGAUGGCAGUGAAAAAGUCCAGUUCUGAAAACUCUUCAUUUCCUGCUCUGCUGAUCACUGGGCUGGUUUGUGGAGUUUUACUGAUGAUUCUUCUGAUGCUUUGUUGCUACAAACAGUCAAAGGAUUCAUGCUUCAUCAGGUCUCAGAGCACAAAUCAGCGCUCUGCUGCAGACGACACCAUCAACCAGGAUGAAGCUCUGAACAAUGAAUGUGUCUUUCCUGUCAACGGUGAUGCUUGUCUCUAUGAAUCAAUCAAAGACGCUGAUAAAGAUGAACCCUCAGAUGUCACAUAUUCUGCGACUGAGCUUAAAAAGGUGGCAAAGAAAGGGAAGAAGAAGAAACCAGAGGAGAGUGCAGUUUAUGCUGUUGUGAAGAAACGAUCAUCUACAGAUGACAGUCUGACGUACGUUCAGGUUCUCCCCCACAAGAAAGGUAAAGCCAAGAGAGACAAAGGACAAUCAGCAGCUGAAGAAAGAGUUUAUUCUGAAGUGAAACCAGGAAGAGCUGCAGACCAAUAAAGAGUUGUGUAUCUCCAAAUCUACUGGAGUGGAGGACAAAAUGGAAACUACAUCCAGUAAAACAGCAGAUAAAUCACAAAAUACCAACAUUUUAGAGAUGAAUAUGAACUUAAUCUCCUGUUUAUAAUGUAAAUAUUCCCAUUGUGUGGUCAUUUAUUCCACAGAGCAACAGUUUGCAGUUAUUAAGUUUAAAGUGUGACUUUAAAGUCGGCGUGUUUUUCAUGUCAAACAUAAUUUCCUAUUAGAUGAUCAGAGCAUUUUCAAUUUUCUUUAUUUACAGUGAACUGAUAGGUUUGAAUAUUUUAUUCCUGUGAAUACAUUAAAUGUAAUCUUUAUUCAUAAAAGCUUUGGUGUUUUCACAACUUAAUGCAUGAAUAGUCUUGUUUUUCAUACCACAGGCUGUUAAUGUGUGUAUAAUAGUGAUGUAAUUGUGUGUUAAAUGUGAUUGUCUUCACACAGAAAGGUCUUGAUUUGUUCCUGGAUCACUUGUUGAGCAGGUUUUGGGUUUAGUUGGAUUCAAUGAGUGUGUUAAUGGGCACAACUUUGUGUUUUUAUAUUUGAAUUUCUGAGCUUGAGCAACUGUAAUAAACUAAAUUUGAAUCUCAUGAUUUAAGCUUCUGAACUUGAAUCACUAAUAAAAUGUUAAUAAAUAAUUUGAAAGUGAAUUCCAAUGAACUUAAAACUAAAUUUAAUAUUUUAAAAUUGAGUUUAGCUGCUGUGAAACUGUAAAAAAUAAUUGAAAUUCAGUUUCUAUUGGCACAAAUUUCUGGCCACACUUGGUCUGUAACAAUAUUUAAGUAACAUCCACUUGAAUCCAGAAGCCAAAGUUUCCAGCAGAACAUUGUAAUGAGAUGAUCAAUGCUACUCACUUUGCCUGAGAGUGGAUUGAAUGUUGUGGCUCAUGGAUGUGUUUUGAAGUCAUUCUGGUUUGUGUAUUUUAUCAUUUAAUAGAUGAUGUGUUUUAAUGUUCAGCCUAUUGGAGGCAUUUCUACACCA